GCCGUACAGCACCAGUGAAUGGGAAAGGGAACGUGUAUUGUGGUCGCAGUGAAAUUGAAGAACGUCAUAAAUAUUUUGGUGUUUUAGAUCAUUGCUAUAGUAAUUAAACACUUAUUUUGUUAUUUACUGAUAGAAACAAAUAAUUAAGUCACUAUGGGCAACGAAAUGUCUUCAUCUGCUAUGGAAAAGCACUUGUUCAAUUUGAAAUUUGCCGUGAAAGAGCUGGAACGAAAUUCAAAGAGAUGCGAAAAAGAAGAGAAACUGGAAAAGGCCAAAACCAAGACAGCCAUUCAAAAGGGCAACAUGGAAGUGGCUCGAAUUCAUGCAGAAAAUGCAAUCAGACAGAAAAAUCAGGCGAUAAACUACUUACGGAUGUCUGCUCGAGUAGAUGCCGUGUCCAGUCGUGUUCAGUCUGCUUUGACAACUAGAAAAGUCACUAAUUCUAUGGCAGGUGUGGUGAAAGCAAUGGAUGCAGCAAUGAAGAGUAUGAACCUGGAGAAGAUAUCAAACUUGAUGGACAAGUUCGAGCAACAGUUUGAAGACCUGGAUGUACAAAGUGGUGUAAUGGAAAAUGCAAUGUCUCAAAAUGUUACCACAAUGGUGCCACAGAAUGAUGUCGAUUCACUGAUGCAACAAGUUGCUGAUGAAGCUGGAUUGGAGCUCAAUAUGGAGUUACCCGAAGGUGUUACAAACACUGCAGUGGGCACAACCACCACCACUCAAAUGUCACAAGAACAGGACGAGCUGUCGCAGCGUCUCGCAAGACUGAGGGAAACAGAAUAACUCAAUUCUUAAUUUAAGGCCGCCGCGAGAUUGUAUUUUAACUUGCACUGAAGUGAAGCUUCCAGACUUCCAACCAAUGUACAUACGGUUCUUGUAUUAAAAUAUCUAGAUCAACUUAAGCAUACAACGCAAAAAUAAACAGCAACUCAGCGAUGUCUAUAAAAAACCCCGCGAAAUGUCCGCAUUAGGUUCGGCGUAUGCAAUUGUGAUAAAUCUAUGAAACAUUUAAGAUGUAAAACAAGUUUAAGUGGUUCAGGUAAGAACAACAAUGCUUAAUCAAUGGGUCUUGGGAUUUUUUUUAUACCAUUAUCAUUACAAUUACGUUUCUCAGUGGAACUCUUGAUGUUGAAUGUUUAAACUUUUCGUUCCGUUUCGUUUCGACACUAUUUAUUAUAUAUAAGAAUCAAAUAUGUAGAUAGUUAUAUGAAAAUUAAAUAAAAAAGAUAUACACACUAA